CCCCCCACCCCCCCCCCCCCCCCCCCCCCCCCCCCCCCCCCCCCCCCCCCCCCCCCCCCCCACCCCACCCCCCCCCCCCCCCCCCCCCCCCCCCCCCCCCCCCCCCCCCCCCCCCCCCCCCCCCCCCCCCCCCCCCCCCCCCCCCCCCCCCCCCCCCCCCCCCCCCCCCCCCCCCCCCCCCCCCCCCCCCCCCCCCCCCCCCCCCCCCCCCCCCCCCCCCCCCCCCCCCCCCCCCCCCCCCCACCCCCCCCCCCCCCCCCCCCCCCCCCCCCCCCCCCCCCCCCCCCCCCCCCCCCCCCCCCCCCCCCCCCCCCCCCCCCUCCCCACUCCCCCCCCCACCCCCCCCACCCCCGCCCCCCCCCCCCCCCCCCCCCCCCCCCCCCCCCCCCCCCCCCCCCCCCCCCCCCCCCCCCCCCCCCCCCCCCCCCCCCCCCCCCCCCCCCCCCCCCCCCCCCCCCCCCCCCCCCCCCCCCCCCCCCCCCCCCCCCCCCCCCCCCCCCCCCCCCCCCCCCCCCCCCCCCCCCCCCCCCCCCCCCCCCCCCCCCCCCCCCCCCCCCCCCCCCCCCCCCCCCCCCCCCCCCCCCCCCCCCCCCCCCCCCCCCCCCCCCCCCCCCCCCCCCCCCCCCCCCCCCCCCCCCCCCCCCCCCCCCCCCCCCCCCCCCCCCCCCCCCCCCCCCCCCCCCCCCCCCCCCCCCCCCCCCCCCCCCCCCCCCCCCCCCCCCCCCCCCCCCCCCCCCCCCCCCCCCCCCCCCCCCCCCCCCCCCCCCCCCCCCCCCCCCCCCCCCCCCCCCCCCCCCCCCCCCCCCCCCCCCCCCCCCCCCCCCCCCCCCCCCACCCCCCCCCCCCCCCCCCCCCCCCCCCCCCCCCCCCCCCCCCCCCCCCCCCCCCCCCCCCCCCCCCCCCCCCCCCCCCCCCCCCCCCCCCCCCCCCCCCCCCCCCCCCCCCCCCCCCCCCCCCCCCCCCCCCCCCCCCCCCCCCCCCCCCCCCCCCCCCCCCCCCCCCCCCCCCCCCCCCCCCCCCCCCCCCCCCCCCCCCCCCCCCCCCCCCCCCCCCCCCCCCCCCCCCCCCCCCCCCCCCCCCCCCCCCCCCCCCCCCCCCCCCCCCCCCCCCCCCCCCCCCCCCCCCCCCCCCCCCCCCCCCCCCCCCCCCCCCCCCCCCCCCCCCCCCCCCCCCCCCCCCCCCCCCCCCCCCCCCCCCCCCCCCCCCCCCCCCCCCCCCCCCCCCCCCCCCCCCCCCCCCCCCCCCCCCCCCCCCCCCCCCCCCCCCCCCCCCCCCCCCCCCCCCCCCCCCCCCCCCCCCCCCCCCCCCCCCCCCCAACCCCCACCCCCCCCCCCCACCCCCCCCCCCCCCCCCCCCCCCCCCCCCCCCCCCCCCCCCCCCCCCCCCCCCCCCCCCCCCCCCCCCCCCCCCCCCCCCCCCCCCCCCCCCCCCCCCCCCCCCCCCCCCCCCCCCCCCCCCCCCCCCCCCCCCCCCCCCCCCCCACCCCCCCCCCCCCCCCCCCCCCCCCCCCCCCCCCCCCCCCCCCCCCCCCCCCCCCCCCCCCCCCCCCCCCCCCCACCC